GCAAGCCGAGGUGGACGCUGGCUCCCACCGCUGACAUUCUCAACGCGAUCACACGCGCACACGCGCGCACACACGCACACACGCACGCACACACACACACACCAGCACCACCACCACCCCGCAUAUUUAUUUUUCCGCUGACUUUUCGCCGCACGCCGCCGCUCCGCCGCGAUGAUUUUUAGUUUCCCUUCGCGUCGGACUCCCCGAUGUUGUGCGGUCUGCUCCACGAAGGCGUGAAUGUUUCCCGACUAGAGGUGGAUCUUCCCGGACACGACGGGGGAGUAUAUCAAAUUUAACGAAAAGAAGAGUUUCGCGGAAAUUCCUCACGAAUAUAAAAAAAAAAUGCCACGAAGGAAACAGGAGGCACCGAAGCGCGCAGCAGCCUAUUCUCCCGAGGAGCUGACAGAGCACGCCGCGGAGGAUGAGGCGGUGGAAGCAGACGACCUGCCCUCGGCCCCUCAGGAUGACCUUUCCAUGAAAGAUGAGUUUGUGGAGCAAAGCGCGGUGCCUGCCAAGGAGCCUGCGUGUGACCAGGAAUCAGCUGGGGCCAUAGAGCUCUCAGGGCAGGAGAUGGACAGUGAGUCACAUGUGAGUGAGACCAGUGACCGUCUGUCAGACUUUGAGAGCCCCUCCAGGAAAGCUGAGGGCAACUUGGUCACAGGAUCUCUGAAUGGCGGCGCCAAGACGCCUCCCAUAGGCGUGGACACCUUGGAGCAAAUGAAGGCCAUCUACUCCAGCUUUCUGACCGGCCCCCUGUGGUCGCCGCUGAAUUUUGAUUCCACCCCACCGCAGGCGCAGUCGUCGGCUUCUACUGAGAAGCCAAGUCGCAGCAACAGCACGAGUAGCAGUAGCAGCUGCAGCAGCGGCAGCUACGACUGGCACCAGUCUGCGGUGGCAAAGACGCUACAACAGCACCCUCCCCAGAGCCGUCACCCUGCUCCGUCUGAGCCCAGCCUCUUUAGCACAGUCCAGCUCCACAGGCAGAACCCAAAGCUGUUUGGCUCCAUCUUCACAGGGGCCAGUAAAUUCCGCUGCAAGGGCUGCAGUGCUGCAUAUGACACGCUGGUGGAGCUGACGGUGCACAUGAAUGACACAGGCCACUACCGCGACGACAACCAGGACAGGGCGGAGCGCGGCGCUAAGCGCUGGUCAAAGCCGCGCAAGCGCUCGCUGUUGGAGAUGGAGGGGAAGGAAGAUGCCCAGAAAGUGUUGAAGUGCAUGUAUUGUGGCCACUCCUUUGAAUCUCUACAGGACCUCAGUGUCCACAUGAUCAAGACCAAACAUUAUCAGAAAGUGCCUCUGAAGGAGCCCAUGGCUCCCGUGGCAACCAAAAUCAUGUCUUCUAAGAAAAGAGGACUCGUGGGGUUGGACCUCACUGCGUCACCUCGUUCUAGGGAGGGGAGUCACAGGGGUAAGCACCAACAAGCAGAUCUGAGUGAACCCACACAGAAACCAUAUUCCAGUCCCCACACCACCCCCAAUAACCGCUACGGCCACCAGAACGGCGCUAGCUAUGCUUGGCAGUUUGAAUCCAACAAGUUCCAGAUCCUGAAAUGUAUGGAGUGUGGGAGUUCCCACAAUACACUGCAAGAGCUGAGAACCCACAUGAUGGUGACAGGACACUUCCUUAGGGUGACCAGCUCUGUGGGAAAGAAAAUCAAAACACUUCCUGAGGCCACAUCCCCAAAUCCUGGCAGGGUCACCACACCCACUGAACAUAGGGUCCAGUCUGUCCCGCUAGCACCCUCCACCUUCUCCCCUCCACCUCUUCCAACAUCUACAACUCCCCUGUCUACAUCGCCCCCCCUGAAAGACAUAAAGAAGGAGGAUGUGGAAGAGGAGUGCACUAAGCAAGACGCUGUGGGGAAUGAAAAGCAAGUUGUUCCUGCUGGAAAGGAGGACGAUGCUGAGAAGGAGGAAAAAUAUGACAUCUCAAAGUAUAACUAUCUUACUGAAGAGGACCUGAAGGAGAGCCCUAAAGGGGGCUUGGAUAUUCUCAAAUCACUGGAAAACACUGUGACAUCAGCCAUCAACAAGGCACAGAGUGGGAAUCCGAGCUGGGGGGGCUACCCUAGUAUCCACGCAGCCUACCAGUUCCCCGGCGCCCUCAAGCUUCAGCAAGGCAACAUGGAGAAGAACUCCCCAAUGAAGUUCCUAUACAACGGGGGAGAUGGCACACUGUCUACCCUCACCAAGAAUCAGCCCCUCAUUUCCCCACCACUUACUCAGUCCUCGCCCUUCCCCAGCAACAACUUUCAGGCAAUGGAGGACUUGGUAAAGAAAGUGACAGAGAAAGUUGCAAAAGUAGAGCAAAGGGUGAAGCAGUUGUCUCCUAAAGGUGAAAACCAGCUCUCCCCCUGUAGCAGUGAAGCCGAGUCGCAUAAGGGAGGAGAGGCGGACUCACCUCGAGAAUGGAGGGCAGUAACCCCAGCCAAUAGCGACAGGGGAAGCCAUAGCAACAGAGCGUCCCCGGCAACAGAACCCAAGAGAGAGACAGCCGUCAAAUCCCCGCUCGCCUCCGCGCUGAGAUGCAGCGCCGCCAUUAUCACUGGCCAUACUCCUCUGGAGCAGCCCUUUGUCAACCCUCUAAGUGCUCUUCAGUCAGUAAUGAACAUUCAUUUGGGGAAAGCAGCCAAGCCCUCCUUGCCAAACCAGGAUCCCCUGAGCCUGCUCUCGAGGCUCAGCCACAACAUGGCUGAGAGGGCUGCUGUGGCUGCUCCUCCCACGCAGUCCAAAAAGCCAGAAAGUGUGGCUGAUCAUUUUUGCCAGCAGCCCAGUGAUGACCAACCCAUGGACCUUACAAAAGGGAAAAGCGAACGAGGAGGCUCCGUAGGAUCAGCCCCACUCACGCCCCUAUCCACAGCCUCCUCCAUCUCCCCCUCCUCCAUUGUUACCCCUGCAAAGCUAACCGUGGUCUCUCCCUACACAUCCAGCAGCCCGCUGCACGAAAAUGCCUUGUCAGAUAUCUCAGACAUGCUGAGGAACCUGACACAGUCUCACCAUGUCCCGAAACCUCCCACGCGGUCCCGUGUCGCCGAUAAAGCUGAGGUUGUGGGAUCCACACACGAAGAUGACGACGCCUCCCUACACGGCCACAAACGCAAAGGCCGCCACUCAAACUGGAACCCGCAGCACCUCCUCCUUCUUCAGGCCCAGUUUGCCUCAAGCUUGAGGCAGACGUCAGAGGGGAAGUAUAUCAUCCAUGACCUCAGCCCACAGGAAAGAAUGCAUGUAUCUCGCUUCACAGGCCUCUCCAUGACCACCAUCAGCCACUGGCUGGCGAACGUCAAGUACCAGUUAAGGAGAACAGGCAGAACCAAGUUCCUAAAGAACCUGGACUCCGGUCAGCCAAUAUUCUUCUGCAGCGACUGUGCCUCACAGAUCCGAACCCCAGCAGCUUAUGUGUGCCACCUGGAAGCCCACCUAGGGUUCCGAAUCAAAGACCUGGCCAAGCUGUCGCCCAAACAGACCGUCAGAGACUCCCACGCUCUCACUGAGAAACUAGUGCCCCUGGAGUCCUUCCUUUCUCCCCAAGACGACUGCAGCAGUAAUGGGGCGGUGUACCGCUGCCAGCUCUGUGUCCGUAAAUUUGCCACUAAGCACGCAAUCAAGCUUCACCUCAGCAAGAGCCAUGGGAAGUCUCCCGAGGACCAUCUGCUAUAUGUGUGUGAGCUGGAGAAACACUAAAUUACUCUCAGCAGGAGAUGCGCUGGACAACAUGUGUAAAAACAAAAAAAUAAAAACUAAAAGAAUAUUUAAGUGUGGUAAUGCACAAAGAUGCAAUGAACUCCUGUUAAAAAUGUCAGCACAAGGUCUCUACAUCUUUUUGGCCUUUAAACAUUUCUGAUUCAUUUCGCAUUAAAACACAAUGUAGGCUAAAGGUAUCCAGCUCGACUCGACGCCUCUGUGCAGACAGCAGAGGACGCGUUAAUCCACGGCCACAACGAGUCCCCUGACACGAUAGUCAGCGAAUAACUUGAAACAUGUUAACUUUAAUGUAUUUAUUUGGUAUUUCUGUGAGUCUGUUUUCUGAUUUGCUAGUAGACUGCAUGUUCGACCAGUUUUCCUGUUCCGUUUGUAAAG